GUGUCCCAGUCCCGUGUGGCAGCUCCAUUGGCCCUCGGCCUAGGUGAGCCGCUGGCGAAGCGCCAUGCCGGAGUGUCUGUCUUGGGCUGCGCCAUUGCUAUGGUGGCAGUUGGCGGCUGUGCUCAGGGUAUCGGCCAGCUCUUCGCCGCUCUGGUUGUUGGCAUGGCACGCAACCCUUCGAUGAAGGAGGAUCUGUUCACCUACACCCUAAUUGGGAUGGGCUUCCUGGAGUUCUUGGCGAUUGUUGUGAUCCUCAUCGCGGGCCUGCUCUUGUACUCGGA